AGGAAGGAUAUAUGAACCCAUCUGUGUAACUUCUGUUCUGUUCUCUUUUAAACUCGCUGAUGCUCACUGUCGUAAAAUGCCUGACGCUGAGGUGUUAUACUCUGAUGUGAAGUUCAAAAAAUCAACGGGUAAAGCCAACGGCACAGCUUCUCCCUCGGAGGAAACCACAUACGCUGAGGUGAAGAUUGCAAAGAGUCCACAGCCGUCCUUGCCUGGUGGGGACAGCCGCCAUACAUGUGACACUAACCACUGCGACACAGGUUCUCAAGCUGCGUCACAUGGACGACCAGGGGUCACAUCGGAGAGAGUGGCCGUGGUGGUUCUGUCUGUACUUUUGGUAAUCGCUGCUGCUGCUCUUGGAUAUACCACUUAUCAAAACAUGAAAACCACAGAAUGUCUUGUGAGGCAGAAAGCCGAGUACGAAGCGCUGAAAAAAAACUGCACGGAUAGAAAAUGUGAAGUUAAACCGUGCAUCCCACAGCCAACAUGCCCAGCAAGUGGAUCAUGUUGGAAAUGUAAAGACGGCUGGGAGCGACAUGGAGAGAAGUGUUAUUCCUUCUCCACCACUAAAUCAACAUGGAAUAAGAGCAGAGAUGAAUGCAGCGGAGGAAGAGGAGACCUGGUGAAGAUAGACAGCACAGAGGAGCAGACAUUCCUGGACAUGAGACUGAGAGACAAAAUGACGGAGGCUGAGGACAAAUUCUGGAUCGGACUGACCGACUCAGAGAGAGAGGGCACUUGGUUGUGGGCGGACGGAUCUCCACUGAACCCAAGUUUGGUUUUCUGGAGCAACGAUGAGCCGGACAACUGGGACGGAGAUAACUCUGAUGGGGAGGACUGUGUGAGGAUGGGGGAGCGAGGAGGAGCUGUAGAACAUAAGAGCUGGUUUGAUAAAUCCUGUGAAAUCCCUCAUAAAUAUAUUUGUGAGAAACCCGCAGAAACAGGAGAAAUUAAGUGCACCUGAAGUACUUCAGCUGAAGUCUCACUCAGCUUUUUCAACAUAUCAGUCGGGAGCAUCGCUAUGAUGAACUAUUUUUUAUCAGAUGAGCAAUGUUGGUGGAUUAAAAUCAGUAAAAUAUUCUUAAAAUAUUUAAAGUGGCCCAGGUUAGAGUCUCUUUCUCUCUGAUUUCUAACUCCACUAUCCACUGUCCUAUCUCUUAUUAAAGGCAUGAAAAGAUAUCGCUUUGCACCGGGCUCGGGAUGGGGGGGGGGGGGGGGCUGUGAAUAUCAGUGUGAUGUUGUUAAAACAUUUUUUUUUAAAUGUAUAUGUUACUAUAAUGAACAUUAUGUUGUUGUCUACAGUGGAACCAUUGUUUUGGAUAAAAUGAAUUAAAAUGAAAUAAUUUCA